CUGGCAAACGUGUAGAAACUGAUUUGGAUGUGUAUGUAGCAUCUAACCUUUGCCAUCUUCUUCGAGGGAACAAGACGAGGAAAGAGCAAGCAGCUUCUCUUCUCCCCCAUGCUGCUGCAGAACGAACCUCUGGUUCUUUAGCCAAUCAGAGCCCAAAUUAAGCAUCCCAGCAGCAGGCAAGUUUCAUGAGAUAAGCAUGAUUCCACUCAAUUUGCCAUGCAGCAGCAGCAACACCAACUUACCCGUGCCUUUCUUUGGCCUUGCCUUUGCCCUCCUGCUCUCCUUUGCUUCUCUCACCAGCUCCUGCACCGAGCAAGAGAAGAGCUCCCUCAUCGACUUCCUAGAUGGGCUCUCGCCAGGCGGCAAUGGUGGCCUCAACGUGUCUUGGGUGAACAGCACGGAUUGCUGUCAAUGGGAGGGAAUCACCUGCAGCAGUGGAGUGGUCACGGAUGUCUUUCUGGCUUCUAAAGGCCUCAGAGGGAGCAUCUCACCAUCUCUCAGCAAUCUCACAGGGCUGUUGCACCUCAACCUGUCCCACAAUUCACUCUAUGGCAAUCUACCGAUGGAACUGGUGUUCUCCGGUAGCAUCAUCAUCCUGGAUGUCAGCUUCAACCACCUAUCAGGUUCUCUGCAAGAGCGGCAACCCUCGAAUCCUGGCCUGCCUCUCCAGGUACUGAAUAUCUCAAGCAAUCUCUUUACAGGACAGUUUCCAUCCACAACAUGGGAAGUUAUGAAGAAUCUGGUUGCUCUUAAUGCAAGCAACAACAGCUUUAUGGGACAGAUGCCAUCUUCUAUUUGCAUCCACGCCCCAUCAUUUGCUAUGCUUGACCUUUGUUACAACCAAUUCAGUGGAAGUAUUUCCCCAGAGUUUGGCAAUUGCUCCAUGUUGACAGUGCUCAAGGCUGGACACAACAACCUUACCGGGGCUCUACCUCAUGAACUGUUCAGUGCUACCUCACUGAACCACCUCUCUUUUCCUAGCAAUGAUUUACAAGGAGUUCUUGAUGGUUCCAACCUAGUCAAACUCGGUAAUUUGACUGUCCUUGAUCUUGGAUCAACUGGGAUCAGCGGCAAGAUGCCAGAUUCUAUAGGGCAGCUGAGAAGAUUGGAGGAGCUGCACUUGGACAACAACAACAUGUCUGGUGAGCUGCCACCGGCCCUCAGUAACUGCACAAGUCUCAGGUACAUCAGCCUCAGAAACAACAGUUUUGGUGGUGAUCUUAGCAAAGUCAACUUCGCCCAGUUGGAUCUGAGAAUUGCAGACUUUUCACUGAACUUCUUCACUGGUGAAAUUCCUGAAAGCAUCUACUCAUGCAGCAAUCUAAUUGCGUUGAGGCUAGCUUACAAUAAUUUUCAUGGCCAGUUCUCACCAAGAAUAGGCAAUCUCCGGUCCCUCUCCUUCCUUUCAAUUACCAAUAACUCAUUUACAAAUAUCACAGAUGCGCUUCAGAAGCUCAAGAGCUGCAAGAACCUCACCACCCUGCUCAUUGGAACAAACUUCAAGACUGAAACCAUACCGCAAGACGAAGCAAUUGAUGGUUUUGAGAAUCUUCAGAUACUGGCCAUAGAUGGUUGCCCAUUGUUUGGGAAAAUCCCUCUUUGGCUGUCGAAGCUGGCAAAAUUGGAGAUGCUAGAUUUAUCAAGCAAUCAACUUACUGGACACAUACCAUCCUGGAUUAACAGACUGCAGCUUCUCUUCUUUCUAGACAUAUCAAGCAACGAACUUGCAGGGGAUAUCCCAACGGCAUUGAUGAAUAUGCCGAUGCUACAAUCUGAGAAGAAUGCUGCUCAGUUGGACCCGAAGUUCCUUGAGUUACCUGUAUAUUGGACACCAUCACGUCAAUACCGCAUGCUCAAUGCUUUCCCCAAUGCAUUGAAUCUAUGCAACAAUAAAUUCACAGGCAUCAUCCCCCCGGAGAUUGGUCAGUUGAAAAGGCUUGAUGUCCUCAACUUCAGCUCCAACAGAUUAUCUGGAGAAAUACCACAACAAAUCAGCAACCUCACAAGCCUGCAAGUGCUGGACUUGUCAAACAACCAGCUCACAGGUGAAAUCCCAUCCGCAUUGAGUGAUCUGCACUUCCUCUCUAAAUUCAAUGUGUCUAACAACGAACUAGAAGGGCCAGUUCCAACUGGAUGGCAGUUCGAUACAUUUACAAAUUCUAGCUACAGCGGGAAUCCCAAGCUAUGUGGCUCUAUUCUCAACGUCGUUUGUGAUUCCGUACGAACAAGUUCAGCCUACAUGAAAAAGAGGCACAAGAAGACGAUUUUUGCACUUGCUUUAGGUGUGUUCUUUGGAGGGCUUGCCAUCCUUUUCUUGCUGGGACGUCUUCUUUUGUCCAUCAGAAGUACAAAAACUGCCAACAGAAACAAGGGCAACAGCAACAGGGACAUAGAAGCAACUUCAUUCAACUCUGUUUCGGAGCACUUGUGCGAUAUGAUAAAGGGAAACAUUUUAGUGAUGGUACCUCGAGGCAAGGCAGAAUCCAGCAAUCUUACAUUCAGUGAUAUCUUAAAGGCCACAAAUAACUUUGACCAGCAGAACAUUAUCGGCUGUGGAGGCAAUGGUCUAGUCUAUAGGGCUGAGCUACCCAAUGGAUCAAAGCUUGCAAUCAAGAAACUCAAUGGCGAAAUGUGCCUGAUGGAAAGAGAAUUCACAGCAGAGGUUGAAGCACUCUCCAUGACACAACAUGAGAAUCUUGUGCCACUUUGGGGCUAUUGCAUCCAGGGAAGCUCGAGGCUCCUCAUAUAUUCUUUCAUGGAGAAUGGAAGCCUGGACGAUUGGCUUCACAACAGAGACGAUGCCAACUCAUUUCUCGACUGGCCAACAAGGCUCAAGAUUGCACAAGGAGCAGGCUGGGGUCUUUCUUAUAUCCAUAACACCUGCAAGCCUCGCAUUGUUCACCGUGACAUCAAGUCCAGCAAUAUCCUACUUGACAGAGAAUUCAAAGCUUAUGUUGCAGAUUUUGGUCUCUCCAGAUUGAUCCUUCCUUAUAAUACCCAUGUCACGACAGAGCUCGUAGGCACACUGGGUUAUAUUCCUCCCGAGUAUGGGCAGGCAUGGGUGGCCACGCUAAGAGGUGAUAUUUACAGUUUUGGAGUGGUUUUACUUGAGCUUGUCACACGGAAGAGGCCUGUCCAGGUCUUGACCAAGCCGAAGGACCUUGUCCAAUGGGUAAGGGAGAUGAGAUCCCAGGGAAAGGAAAUUGAGGUCUUGGAUCCUGUACUCAGAGGAAGAGGGCAUGACGAGCAAAUGCUGAAGGUUCUUGAAGUCGCUUGCAAGUGUAUCAACCACAAUCCGUGCAUGAGGCCAACCAUCCAGGAGGUCGUGUCCUGCCUGGAAAAUGUAGAUGUGGACCUGCAGGGGCAGAUGUAGUUAAACGACAACAGACCUGUGGGUGGUAAUUGUGUACUUUACCAGACUAGGUGUAACUCCGAUAGAACAAAGAUUUUCUAACAAAACGUACAGUUGUCUUUGUACAUUUCUGAAAAGAAAAGGCCCACGGUUAUGAGCAUUUGUAUUCAAUUUUCCUUCUUUUUUGUGUAGAAAUAUUGCACUUCCAAGUUCAAUUGCAUGAACAUGGAAAGUGCGUCAAAAGGGCAUUGAGAUCUUGCUUAAUUCGUGCA